AUGACGAUUCUGGAUCUUCCGGCCAAGGAGGCUUCAGUAUGGCCUGUUACCCUGGGCAUUCUAUCGUGGGUGUUUUGGUCGAAUCUGACCAUUUUAUUCAAUAAAUGGGUUAUUGAAUCUACUGAAUUCCCAAUCAUCCUAACAACAUGGCAUCUCAUCUUCGCAACCCUAGCCACUCAACUUCUUGCCCGAACCACCACCAUGCUCGACGGUCGCAAGAAAAUCCGCAUGGACGGCCGAACCUACGUCCGCAUGAUCAUUCCCAUCGGCAUUCUCUACAGCGGUAGUCUCGUCUGCAGCAACAUCGUCUACCUCUACCUGAAUGUUUCCUUUAUCCAGAUGCUCAAAGCAUGCGGCCCAAUAGUGACCCUCCUCACCAGCUGGGCCUGGCACGUCAAAACCCCCUCGCUCGAAUCCUUCCUCAACAUCCUCCUCAUCGCCUUCAGUGUCGCCCUCGCUGUCGCCGGCGAAGUCCAAUUCUCCUGGCUCGGCGUCACCUACCAACUCGCCAGUCUUGUCUUCGACGCCAACCGUCUUGUCAUGAUCCAGAUCCUGCUGUCAGACGAGGGCCAGAAAAUGGACCCCCUUGUGACUUUGUACUAUUCUGCACCUGUGUGCGCCUUCACGAACUUCAUGAUUGCGUUUUAUACUGAGCUGCGCGGGUUCAGUUGGAGUGUGGUUGGGGAGACUGGGAUCGGGGUUUUGGUUGCGAACGCUACGGUGGGGUUCAUGUUGAAUGUGUCGAUUUUUGUUUUGAUCGGAAAGACAUCCGGUUUGACCAUGACACUGGUUAGCGUGCCGAAGAACAUCCUGUUGAUUGUCUGUUCUGUGGUGAUCUGGGGCACGCAGAUCACUCCGCUUCAGAUGGUGGGGUAUGCUAUUGCGCUGUUGGGGUUGUUGUAUUAUUCUCUGGGGUGGGCGACUAUUAGGGGGGCAUAUGAUGCUGGGUAUGUCAGGUUGGUUGGAAGGCAAGCGGAGAGGAUGAAGGAGGAGGAGGAUAAGACGUAUGUCGGCGCUGCACCGUCGGAACAAUGCCCGGGGAGUGGAUCGGGAAUGUCGCGGGGUUGGGACCGGAAUUGCGCCGACCAGCGGGGAAAGACUUUAGGAGCAAGCAGUUCUACUAUAACUACCUUCCUUUCCCAGAAAACCCCAAUACUAAUACUUGAGCAAAUCGGUGCCGCCUGCGCCCGUCAACUAGCCGCCAAAGCUGUGCACCUAGCCCUCACCUACUCAUCCAAUCCCACAUCCAUAACCACCCUUCAACAAGAACUCCAAACCCAACACCCCACCCUCCUCAUCACAAUCCAUCAAGUCGACGUCUCCUCCCCCAGCCAAAUAACUACCCUUUUCACCGAGAUCCAAGCCCAACACAGCAACCGCACCCCAGACAUCCUCAUCUCCAACGCCGGGUACGGCAAACGUGUCCCGCAAGUAUGGGACAUCACGACAGAGGAAUUCGACUACACUCUGACCGUGAAUCUGCGGGCCUCGUUCCUCCUCGUCAAAGGGGUAGUCGAGCACAUGAAGGCGCAGCGCUGGGGGCGGAUUAUCUUCAUGUCGUCGAUUGCGGGGUAUGGAGGCGGCAUUAAUGGGUGUCAUUAUGCGGCAUCGAAGGCAGGGUUGACGGGCAUGAUGAAGAACUUGGCAACGAGGUUAGCAGAGUACAAUAUUAGUGUCAAUGAUGUUGCGCCGGCGAUGAUUGGAGAUACGGGAAUGAUUCCUAAUGCCGAGGCAAUUCCGGAGGUGGCAAGCACGAUACCCCUGGGGAGGCUGGGAUUGCCGGAGGAGGUGGCUAAUGUUGUCACUAUGUUAGUGGGGACGGGGUAUAUGACGGGGCAGAGUUUGCUGUUGGCGGGAGGAUUGAAAUAA